AUGAUCAGAUCACUUUCAAAAAAAAAUCAAGUCGAUUUAGUUAAAGAAUUUGUUCAACCAAUUCUUUAUAGAAACAAUCCAUUAUUAACUAUCGACGAAAAUGCUAAAGACAAUAGACCAAAUCCAAAAUCAAAAUUUAUAGAAUUAAAGGAAGAACUUGGAUUAAAACCAAUGGAAUAUAAUAAAGAAGAUUUAGAAAUCAGUCAUGAUACUUUAAGAACUGUAAAAACCAAAAUCAUAGCUAUGCCAUUUGAUUUUAGCCGUGAUGUUUACUAUAAAAAUAAAAGAUCAACUAGAAAGAAAUUCCAAACUAAAACUGCCCAUCUUAGAGAAUUUGGUGCAAACCCAACUAUUUUCCCAGAAUCAAUGUUUAGAGAUUAUUAUAUGCAACCAAUUCCAUUAGAAAAAGUUCAAGAAGGAAAUAAAUAA